UUGUCAGUUCCUAAUAUGUAUAAAUACGUAAAAUAAAUACAUAAAAUUAAAUUGGAAGUUCAACAAAUGCUGUUUAAAGCAAAAUAUUAACACAAAAUGUUUUUAACAUUAUUAUUAACAUGCCUUGUUAAUAAAAUAAUUGCGGUAGUGUUGUUAGUAACAGUGAUUGUAGUUAGUGUAAGGAUUUAUUUAUGGAAUUAUCUUAGAAUGUGUUAUUAUGCAUCCAAACUUCCUGGCCCACCAGCUUAUCCAAUUAUUGGAAAUGGAGAAUUGUUAUUUGGAUCUCAUGAAGAAGUGUCACAUAACUUAUUAGAUAUGUGUCUUCAGUAUCAAAAAUCGCUGAUACGAUUGUGGUUAGGCCCAAUACCAUUAGUUUUAACAUUAGACCCAAGAGCUAUUCAAGAAGUCUUAAAUAAUCCAAAUGCUUUAGAAAAAUCAUUCGUACAUAAAAUAGUAUGGAACACUACAAUGGGAAAAUCAAUUUUCACAUCUGAGGUGCCAGAAUGGAAACAUCAUCGGGGAAUUAUAGUGAAAGGUUUUAGUCCAAUCAUUUUAAAAUCAUAUUUUAAAAUAUUUGUGGAAAAGAUAAAUAUUUUAAGUGAAAACUUGGAUUUCGAAUUAAAUAAAGAAACAUCGUUUGAUAUAUUUAAGUAUUUAUCAAGAACUACUGUGGAUUCAGUUUGUGGAUCAACAAUGGGUGUAAAUAUUAACUCCCAUAAACAUAGUGAAUCUUACUUUGAUGCUACACACAGACUACUUUAUUUCGUGGUAGUAAGACUCUUCAAUGUAUUUAAAAUUCCUACUUUAUUUUAUCGAUUUACAGAAGAUUAUAAAAUAGCAUCCAAAUGCAGUAAAAUUGUUCGUGAAUUCACUGAAAAAAUUAUUGCGGAGAAGAGAAACAAAUACGAAAAAAUCGAUAAUAAUUUAAUUGAUGUUAAAGCAAACAAGAAAAAUGAAUACAAAAAACCAUUAUUGGAAUUUUUAAUGGAUUUUACUAAAAAUAACGAACAAUUCACUGAUGCACAACUUCGUGACGAAGUUAACUUCAUUAUUUUUGCGGCUUACGAAACAUCAGCAAAUGCUCUAAGCUAUGUUUUAUUAAAUUUGGCUGCACACAAGGACAUACAAACUAAAGUGUACAACGAAAUAUUGGAUGUUCUUGGGGAAAAUAAUGGAGACUCAAUCAAAUUUGAUGAUUUACCAAAACUGAAAUACAUGGAAAUGGUUAUUAAAGAAUCAAUGCGAAGGUACUCAACAGUCCCAUUUAUGGGAAGGCAGGCGACUCAGGAUAUCAAAAUUGGUGAUUAUACAAUUGCAAAAGGUGUCAUUAUAACAAUUCCAAUAAUAGCUGUACAUUUAAAUAAAAAUUAUUGGGAAAAUCCACUAAAAUUUGAUCCAGAACGUUUUACACCAGAAAAUAUAAAAAAUCGUCAUCCUUACGCUUAUAUUCCAUUUAGUGCUGGUCCAAGAAAUUGUAUUGGUAUUCGAUAUGCAUGGAUCGUUAUGAAAAUAACUUUAGCCACAUUAUUAAGUCGAUACGAAUUUCAUACCGAUUUAAAUUUGGAUGAAUUACGUUUCCAAUUUAAUGUAUCUUUGACAUUGGUAAAUGGGCAUCAGAAAGUUCCGAAUUAAAAUUCAAAAAAACAAACAUUCAAACGUGAUUUCUAUUGCAUCAUUUUACUGAUAUUUGCAAAAAUAAUUAGGUCCCCAACAUAAAACCGCAAACCUGUUUAGCCC